UGUUGCUCGAGCUACCUGCUACGCCAACUGGCUAGGCUACGAGUGCUCCGACAACAUGUGCCAACGUAGUAAAUCAAUUGUGUUAGUAGAGGAAAGCCUGCAUCGUUUGUCAACAUAUGCCCGUAUAACUAUUGCUCUCGCCAUGUCUCAAAGUCUUAAACCUCUGUGAAUGAGGACCAAGAAUCGCACCAGACCGUCGUCACACACGCCAUAGAAUCGCAUCUUCGCCUCAUACACACAACUAUUUCGAGCAUCGACGCUCUUUGACACCUAACAAUGUCGCUCAAUCUCUCCUGGCCAGCCGCGACCAUGCGCGCAGUGGUUUACCAUGGCACGCCUUUCGAAAUGAUGGUUCAAGAUGUCGCCAAGCCAGCCAUCCUGAACGAGACGGAUGUCGUUGUGCGGGUGACCACCGCGGCCGUAUGCGGAUCCGACCUGCACAUCUAUCGCGGCUACAUGGGCGGUGCGGUGCCAUGGACAAUGGGCCACGAGGCCGUCGGCUACAUCUCGGAGAUCGGCGAUGCCGUGUCCUCCUUCGCCGUUGGGGACUAUGUCAUCAUCCCCGACACCGUGUCUGAGGAUCGUCUGGAGAUGGAGCCGAGGUCGAAGGAAUACUUCGGCUUCGGGAAUAGUGAGAUGGGUCUAGGCGGUCUGCAAGCUGAAUACGCGAGGGUCCCCUUCGCUGAAGCCAACCUGAUCCCUAUCCCGUUGACUCAUGACACCGCCAACUCGACGAUCGAGCGCGACUACCUGACCGUUUCGGACAUCUUCGCUACGGGAUGGGCCGGCAUCGACUACACCGGAUUCGAACCCGGCGAUUCCGUCGCCGUUUUCGGGGCGGGUCCCGUUGGGCUGCUUUCUGCCUACUCGGCCAUUUUGCGGGGAGCUUCCAAGGUCUACGUUGUCGACCACGUGAAGGACCGCCUCGAUCUCGCCGCUUCCAUCGGCGCCAUCCCGAUCAACUUUGCUGACAAAGACCCCGUCGUCCAGAUUCUGGCUCGCGAGCCGGACGGGGUCAUGCGCACUGUAGACUGUGUCGGCAUGGAGGCGUUGAACUCGAGCCUUGAGAUAGACGAGGGCAUUAUCACACAGCAGAUGAUUGACGUGGCGCAUUUCAAAGGAGGCAUGGGCCAACUGGGCGUGUACAGUUCACAGGACGAUUCGCCUGGCGCACCGUACGGCAGCGACAUCUCGCCCACGAUUCCCUUCCCCGUCUCGUCCUUCUUCGCCAAGGGCUUGAGUUUCCGAACAGGGGCCGUUGAUCCGAAGCAGUACGCUCCGCAGUUGAUCGAUCUUAUCAACAGCGGCAAAGCCCAUCCAAGCUUCGUGAUCAGCGCAGUUAUUGGCAUCGAGGACGCGCCAAGAUACUACGAACGCUUCAAUGGAAAGAAGGAAACCAAGGUAGCCAUCCGCUUUCCGGAGUAGGACGGCUUAGUUGCGCGAGGCUUUCGGUCUGUAAAUAGAGGA